CGCGAUAUAAAUUCCAUGGAUCACUUUGAUUGGGUGAUAAUAUCUAAAGGCGGGCGUUCCACUGUUUCUGGUUAUCUGAAUGGUUCUUGUGUGGAAGUGACGCACGAGAAUGCGGAAGAAAACUUUAUGAAAUCUACGUUGUCGGCAUGGAGGAAAAUAGCGGUAUGUAAUCUUCUCAUUAAUCGUACUGGCCUCUCGCAGGUUCGUCGGGUCAUCCUGGUACUGUCAGGUAAAGGAGGUGUCGGCAAAAGUACCAUCACUACUGAACUCGCACUGGCCUUCUUACACGCCGGCAAAAAGGUGGGCAUUCUGGAUGUGGAUCUAUGUGGACCCAGUAUUCCGCGCAUGCUGCGCGUGUGUCGGCCGGACGUGCACCAGUGCGAUUCGGGCUGGGUGCCCGUGUAUGCAGAUGCUCAACAGAACCUCGCUCUCAUGUCCAUCGGCUUCUUAUUGGAACACCCUGAUGAGGCCGUGGUGUGGAGGGGGCCCAAGAAAACAGCUCUGAUAGGUCAGUUUGUGAGUGAUGUGGCGUGGGGUGAACUGGACAUCCUCCUGGUGGACACGCCUCCCGGAACAUCAGAUGAGCAUCUGGCUGUGCUGGAGAAUCUCCGGAAGCACAGAGUGGACGGGGCCGUUCUGGUCACCACUCCUCAGGCUGUGUCAACUGGUGAUGUUCGGCGUGAGAUUACCUUCUGUAAGAAGCUCGGCGUACGCAUCCUCGGGCUCAUUGAGAACAUGAGCGGAUUCGUGUGUCCACACUGCUCUGAGUGCAGUAACAUAUUUUCCAAAGGUGGAGGAGAGGAACUGGCAAAGUUGACUGGAUCAGAAUUUCUGGGCUCUGUGCCUCUGGACCCUCAGCUGACCCAGAGUCUAGAGGAAGGAACAGACUUCCUACAGGCCUUUCCUGAGAGCGCCACCUUCAGUUCCAUCAACACCAUUGCAAACACCCUGCUGAGCAGGAUCCAGGAUGACUGACUGCUCUAAUCACUGAUUCAUAGUCCCAAGCCUGCACUGUAGUUAUAUGCUUCUAUAUCCAUGGAUAUGUAUAUGUGUUUCUUUAUAUUGUGCUAAAACUUGACAAAAAAUAAAAUUAUUUUGUAAAUUA